AUGCCAAAUUUGAUUCUGAAGUUUAAUUUCACAACGCACCACUUCUUUUUGGAAGGUCAUCAAGAGAUUAUUGAGACUACUUUGAAAUUUGGAACUGAUAUUGACUCUAGAGAUGAAUAUGGCAGAACAGCACUUCAUAUCUCAGCUCAGAAGGGAAAUCGAAACAUAACCACAAUGCUUUUGAAUAAAGGAGCCAAUGUAAAUGUUAGGGACAAAAAUGGAUUCACUGCACUUCACAUCGCUUCUCGAGAGGGAAAAGUAGAACUUGCUACAAUUGUUCUGGAGUUUGUCUCUGACAUUAAUAUUACAUAUAGAAAUAAUUUUACCCCUCACGAUUUUGCUCCUCGUAGAGGAGGAAGACAUGUUUUCUAUCCACGAUUUGAAAUAAUGCAUGAAGCUAGUGAUUCUGAUGAAACUGCCAAAGUUCUUCAAAGGCACAUAGUGAAAUGA